GACAAUUUCCUUGUGAAGGUUGAAGUGGACCUCUUAGUCCACAUUCUCUUCAAGUAUGAGAAAGCUAUUGCAUUUACAGAUGCUAGGUGGGGCACCUUCAAUCACAGAUAUUACCCUGAUUAUAUUAUGCAAACAAUACCACAUGAGCUGUGGCAAGUAAAGCCCCUGAGAUUGCCCCAGGUGUGUACCAAAGAAAUUAUGUACAUGCUCAAAGAACAAAUGGAUGCAGGAAAAUAUGAGCCAUCUCAAUCGUCCUAUAGGGUGGGGUUCUUUGCUGUUGAAAAUGUUAGAAACCACCUCCACCUAAUGCAGGCAUUUAUACAUGAUCUUCAGCCACUUAAUAUUGGCAAGAUGCUAGAUUCAUUUGCCAGAGCAGCAAUUUAUGGCAUAUUUGAUUUGAAAAGCGGAUUUGACAGUUGUACAUUGGCUCCAGCAUCGAUAGACCUAACU